AUGGACACGAACUCUGUAAUGACGUGCAUCAUCAUCCUUGCCCUACCUAUUACUGUCUCCGGUCAACUCAAGAUCGACCUUGGCAUUAUUCCCAGUGCAGGUGGCACCCAACAUUUUACGCGUCUCAUUAAUAUUGGCCAAUCAUGCGCAAUGGAGGUCAUCCUCACCGGACGCAAGUUCAACGCUUCCGAAGCAAGAAAGCCGGAUCGAUGGAGCCCACGAUGUUUUGUGUCAGGUCAAUAUGCACUCCCUCUCAAUGGCAGAGAAAACACUCAGUUAUGGACUUCUCCACCUUCUCCACAGGCGUUCUGA